UGCCUAUCAAGUUCUGUCCCAAAACGUAACAAAGUAAUCGUAUCAAACGACAAAUUUUUGAAAUAAAUACAUUUUUGUUAACAAAAUUAUUUACUUUUUAUAAUGAUGUGGAAAGAAAUGCUAUUACUUCUUGCAUGACAAACACUGACAACUUAUGAUGGUUAAGCAUUAUGUUCUUUCCAUAUGAUUUUAGAAACUAACUACAUAGUUCAAGAUGCAUCCCAUAUUGCUUAUGUUUCGUGUUAACGAUGGAAAGGAUCCAUACGGAAAGAGAGGUUCAGAAAUCGGAGAAUUUCAAGUGAAGGUAACCUCUGAAGCCUUAUCUCCAAAAAUGGUUGUGGAUUUUGUCGCCGGACUUUUCGGGGGUGCUGCUGGUGUUCUUGUUGGCCACCCCUUCGAUACCGUGAAAGUACACUUGCAAACCGAUAAUCCCCGUAACCCCAAAUACAAAGGCACAUUCCACUGCUUCCGGACGAUAGUGCAAAAGGAGAGCUUUCGUGGGUUGUACCGUGGAAUUACUAGUCCUAUGGGUGGAAUAGGAUUGGUCAAUGCCAUCGUCUUCGGGGUGUACGGAAAUGUUCAACGACUGUCCAGCGAUCCCAACUCGCUCCAGUCCCACUUCUACGCGGGUUCCAUAGCUGGCGUAGCGCAAAGUUUCGUUUGUGCCCCCAUGGAGUUGGCCAAAACGAGACUUCAGUUAUCCUCGCACAUCGACAGUGGGAUAAAAUUUACUGGACCUAUCCAUUGCCUUAGGCACAUAUUAAAAACCGAAGGUAUACGAGGCGCCUUUAAAGGACUAGUAGCUACCAUCCUGAGAGAUAUUCCAGGCUUUUCCGCCUACUUUGUGUCCUUCGAGUAUUUAAUGCGGCAAGUGGAAACUCCCAGCAUCCUGUACACUCUAACUGCCGGCGGAUUGGCGGGGAUGUCCUCCUGGCUGGCCUGCUACCCCAUCGACGUGGUGAAAACGCACAUGCAGGCCGAUGCGCUUGGGAGCAACGCCAAAUACAAUGGAUUUAUCGACUGUGCAAUAAAGGGAUUUAAAAACGAGGGCCCUCAGUUUUUUUUCCGCGGGCUAAACUCGACUUUGAUCAGAGCAUUCCCGAUGAACGCCGCCUGCUUCUUUGUGGUGUCCUGGAUCCUGGACUUCUGCAAUGCCAAGACUGGCGUGGAUUCCGUACUCCACUCCGACCAGCCACUAACCCUUGUCAACUUGGACAACAAGACGCAGGCGGACUUGGAGACAGCGACACCAACGGUUGAGGAAGUCGUGCGGAAAAUAAUCACGGACAAUGCCAUGUCCCAUCAGUAUGCAUCCACACCGCAGGACGUCGUUCACAACCAUUAUACAAGUGGCACAAUCAACAUUUCCAAAGAAUCGAAAACGCGUUUAGCAUCCGAUUGUAAUCUGAAAUAAAAUUCAAAUUUGUUAGUGUA